GGCAGCAAGGCUGAGGUCCGGUGGCGGCGCCCGUGGGCCGCGGCGGGCGGGAGGAUGGGCACUCAGGGCAGCCCGGUGAAGAGCUACGACUAUCUGCUCAAGUUCCUGCUGGUGGGCGACAGCGACGUGGGCAAGGGCGAGAUCCUGGAGAGCCUGCAGGACGGCGCGGCCGAGUCCCCGUACGCCUACAGCAACGGGAUUGACUACAAGACAACCACCAUUCUGCUGGACGGGAGGCGUGUCAAGCUGGAGCUCUGGGACACCUCGGGCCAGGGCCGGUUCUGCACCAUCUUCAGGUCCUACUCCAGGGGCGCACAGGGGAUCCUUUUGGUAUAUGACAUCACAAACCGCUGGUCCUUUGAUGGCAUUGACCGGUGGAUCAAAGAGAUUGAUGAGCAUGCACCUGGGGUCCCCCGGAUCCUUGUUGGGAACCGGCUGCAUCUGGCCUUCAAGCGGCAAGUCCCAACCGAGCAGGCCCGUGCCUAUGCGGAGAAGAACUGCAUGACAUUCUUUGAGGUCAGCCCCCUGUGCAACUUCAAUGUCAUUGAAUCCUUCACUGAACUCUCACGCAUUGUGCUUAUGCGGCAUGGAAUGGAGAAGAUCUGGAGGCCCAAUCGAGUGUUCAGCCUGCAGGACCUCUGCUGCCGUGCCAUUGUCUCCUGCACCCCAGUGCACCUCAUUGACAAGCUUCCACUACCCGUUACCAUCAAGAGCCACCUCAAGUCCUUCUCCAUGGCUAACGGCAUGAAUGCCGUCAUGAUGCAUGGUCGCUCGUACUCCCUGGCCAGUGGAGCUGGAGGCAGCAGUAGCAAGGGCAACAGUCUCAAGAGGUCCAAGUCCAUCCGCCCGCCCCAGAGCCCUCCCCAGAACUGUUCUCGGAGCAACUGCAAGAUCUCCUAGCAGGCCAGCAGGCACCACUCUGCAGACUCUGGGAGGCUCAGUGGUGGAAGAGCGCUCCCGGGCAGGAAGACUUGGCCACACAGCCUGUUUCGGAAGCGUCCGGUUCUCCUCCACACCCAGCUAGGUGGAGGGGAGAGCACACUCCAUGGAUGAGGCCCAGGGGCCUUUGGGUAGCUGGGCUGCUGGUGCUACAGAGACCCUGGUCUGAAUCAACCCCAGACUCCAGGCUGUCUGGGCUUGGGCCAGGAGGGAGCCUGGCUCCCCUUCCUUAUUUAUAUAGAGAACAUUUUGCCUGUUUUGUACAUUUUUUUAAAGGCUGUCAGGGAAGAUGGAUGCAUCUGUGUGGUGAGCUUGCCUCUUCACGCCACAGCAGCCAUGAGGAGGGCCCAUACAUCUGGGGAAAGAGGGGCUUGAGGAGUGAUGGCAGGAGGUGCAGUUGGAACAGUAGUUCUUUAGAUUUACAUCCAAUUUGCCUGGGGUGUUUGCACUGCCCAUGCCAGUGAGAAACAGGGUACCCCAGAAGCUUCUGGCAGAGGUCUUGGCCCCAGCGUAUAACUYUGGAGAUCAGUGUGCUGGGCAUAGGCAAGGAUGUGUGACUUACAGGAAAGGGGAGAAGCAGGGUGUGAGGGACCCCCCUCAGCCAUUCCAGGGUCCCUGCCUGCUAUAACUGGGCACCCUCGGUAAUACUCACUACAUAGAUCAGGUCUCCAGGUCAAGGAGAUCUAUAGAGCCUUCUGUAGAUCUGCGAGUGACACUGGAGUGACAGUGUUGGCAUCUGAACCUCCAGACACUGCCAGGACUUAUUUUCCCAGCAGCUCGUUCUCAUCUGUGGUGCCCUUUUGCCUGUGAGGUCACAUGCUACCGGAACCUCUUUGACCUGUUUCUUAGUGGUACUGCCUGGACAGCAGCCUUGUCUGCACCUUGGGCCCCUCUGGAGGACCUCCCAGCAGCCCUUGUGCCAGUGCACAGUGUCCUUAUCCUCACCCCAUGAAGCCAUGGCCUGGUCCUUCUCAGUGCUGCCCCCUUGCCUGGCACCCCCACCCUCAGCCUCACUGGUGCUCAACUCUACCUCCUGCCCUAGGGCCCCAGCCACCAAGGAGCCCUCCCUGGGCUGGGACCCCUCUCUCUGGGUCCUUCAUAGUGCACGUGGUACAGGACAGUCCUACUGCAGGUGUUUCAGGGCACCGGUGGACAUGCAGAUGCAGCACUAUGGCUGUACUGGGAGAUGGCUCCUGGGCUGGGGAGCUUGUGUCAGGGGUGGCUCCACCAUCUCCCAACCCCAGCAGCCCUGUUGCUGCCAGCAAUGCCCUUUUCUCUGGAGUUGUGAACAGAGCUACACAGACUUCAUUUUGAGGAGCUGGACAGUCCCACGUGCACCAUAUCAACACUACCCUCACUGCUGCUGGACCCUGCAUUCCUGUGUCCUUUGAGCUGUUCUUCCGUUUCUUUGUACAGUAAAUGUAACUCAGCUGUGCCCUCCCUGUUGGUUUUGUA